UACCUUCAUUGAAAAAAAAAAAGAUAGACAGGGUAGUGAAACCAGGGUCGGCGAGUGAGGCAUCAAUGGAGAACCGACAAGAGGAAGAGGAAGAGGAAGAGGAAGAGGAGGAUGCACCGCCACCGAUGGUGAAGUUGGGUUCCUACGGUGGCGAGGUGAGGUUGGUGGUUCCUGGGGAGGAAUCAGCUGCGGAAGAGACCAUGCUACUCUGGGGUAUUCAGCAGCCUACUCUCUCCAAACCAAACGCUUUUGUCUCUCAAUCUUCUUUGCAACUUCGCCUUGACUCAUGUGGCCACUCUCUCUCAAUUCUCCAAUCUCCUUCCUCACUGGGUGCGCCUGGAGUAACUGGAGCAGUGAUGUGGGACAGUGGAGUUGUAUUGGGGAAGUUUUUAGAGCAUUCUGUUGACUUAGGGACGCUUGUUCUUCAGGAAAAGAAGAUUGUUGAAUUGGGAUCUGGUUGUGGAUUGGUUGGUUGCAUUGCAGCUCUUUUGGGUGGUGAAGUCAUUCUUACUGAUCUGCUGGAUAGGCUGAGGCUACUUAGAAAGAACAUUGAAACCAAUAUGAAACACGUUUCUCUACGGGGUUCGGCGACAGCAACUGAACUCACUUGGGGAGAAGAUCCUGACCGAGAGCUCAUUGAUCCUACACCUGAUUUCGUUGUAGGAUCUGAUGUUGUGUACAGUGAGAAUGCUGUUGUGGAUCUUGUAGAGACACUUGGGCAGCUCUCAGGGCCUAAUACAACAAUAUUUUUGGCUGGGGAACUGCGAAAUGAUGCCAUUCUUGAGUACUUCUUAGAAGCUGCAAUGAAUGAUUUCACAAUUGGCCGUGUGGAUCAAACACUCUGGCAUCCAGAAUAUCGCAGCAAUCGUGUUGUUCUUUAUGUUCUUGUGAAGAAAUGAGUGUUAAGAAUAAUGUUUAGCUGUGUUGUACUAGGCUGGUAACAUAGUCCAUGUUUGUCCAUAAAAAAUUUAACAUUUUGAAGUUUGAAUACUAUUACUUAUAGUAUGUUUGGAUCAGUUUCUUUUUCA